ACGUGGAUAAUGUAAUUGGCAGACAGCUCCUGUUCAGGCCGGGUUUGGCCCUUUUUUUAGGCCAGGGUAGAAGGAGGAAUGUAAUGAGUGAGGAUGUGGCCUGAAUUGAAAAUAUGGACUUUGCCAUUUGAAAAUAUUUAGAUUUCUCAAAGUCUUUGGUAGAAAUCAGCAACAGGAAACAUAACUCCUGCCUAAGGAUAUUAAUAUCUGUCAUUUGUUGGCUGAAAACCUUUGAAGAGAAAAGAUGGGUGCUAACUUCACCCUUUGCUGCUGUCACUACUAUCUGAUGCAGAACAGAGAGGAGAGGAAAGCUAUUCUACGCAUGAGGACCAGUUCAAGAUCCAGACCACCUGAGCAACUAUCCAGUGAUUCCAGUGACAGUGAGACAGAGGAAGAAAGCCUCUUUGGGCCACAGUGUUUGGCAAAAAACCCAAAGUACAACCAGCAGAGCCAGAGAUCAAUGGUGGAUUGUUGGGCUGAAACCAUCGGAGCUGAAGAGGCUCAGAUUAGACGUGGAUCGGACAGAGAGCUGAAGGCUUUCAUCAACAUGAGAGACCAAGCUGAUACGGCUACAGAGGAAUGGGAGAAGCUGAAUUAUGACAUCCACACGCUGCGUUAUGCCAGGCGAGAGGUCAGAUCCCGGUGGAAGAAGAUCCUCCUGCAGCUGGGUUAUCAGUGUGAGGUGGAUUCCCUGCUAUGCGUAAACAGACAGCGCCAUUUCAAUCCAAAUCAAGAACAUCUUGGAAAAGCUGCUGACCUUUUUAAACAACUCCUGGACCACACCUCUCUGUUUCCUCUUGGAACAGAACAUAACAGCAGAUACCUUUAUAUCAUGGACCGUCUGGUGUCACUGGACAGCGCUGAGGACUUUAUCAAACUGGCCAAAGAGAAAUAUCCCAAAAAGGAAGGCUGAGAGGAAAAAAACAGUCAGGAAACAAGGGGGAAAGUUGAAAUAGCACAUCAAACAUGGCUGAACUGUUAAAAGAUACAUACAGUGAUGUGCAAACACUUUGGAAUACUAACAUCUUAUUAUGUGUUGAUUCAGAAGUGUCAAAUAUGUUUAUCUUUGAAUGCAGACUAGUCAAUCCUUCCCAAGUUGUUUUAGACCUUUGUUAUUUUUUUUUUUUUUCAUUCAUUUAAGUUGAUGUUUUUUUUGUAAAUAUAGAACUACCCUUGUUUGCACCAAAUUUGUUUUGAACUGCUUUGACUGAGAAAUAUCCUUACCGCAGCAGCUUUGCAUUUAAAAGUUUUACGAAUGAAAGCUAGACUUGACAAUUAUAAGCUACCUUGUGCUGAACUUUUACAUAAAUCAUAAAACCAACAAGAUA